AUGAAACUUGGAUUUUCUUUAUCACCAGGAGGUCUUCUACUUCCCUAUCAUCUUGGUGCCUUGGCAUCCUUGGCCUAUCACGGAAUUCUCAACGAGGACACUCCAAUCGCUGGUUCGUCGGCAGGUGCCAUCGCCGUGGCUUCUCACGCUGCGCAAGUCCCAUCGCAUCAAGCCCUAGAAGCAUCCAUGAAAGUCUCCUCCUCUUGCAAUCCCCUCUUUUUGGCUUCGGGUGGAUUGAUGCCUCGACUCCGUUUGGAAUUGUACAGGCUGCUGGGUCCAGACGCUCACCAAACCAUUCAAGAACGACCAGGUUUGGUUGGACUAGCACAUCUUCAAGUGUAUCCUAAGAUAUCAUCUCAAUUGGAAACGGAGUUUAAUUCCGAAGAAUCGCUCGUCAAUGCUAUUUGUGAUUCUAGCAUGUUCCCAUACUUUACGAGCAAUCGACCAUGGAACGUUUACAUGAAUUCAGGCCUUGAACGCACUGACCACAACCGCCCGAAACAAAGACGAUGGAACAGAGGAUGGUCGAGAAAAUCUCCUAUUGCAAAAGUAACCAUGGAUGGCGUCUUUACGGAGCCUGCAUUUCGAUUUGGGUGUCCUGACAUUCGAGACCAUGUGGAUCGUGAAAUCAAAAUCAUGGUCUGCCCUCAAGAACUGCCAAAUCUACUUUCCUUUGGAGAUCCGUCGUCAUUCGCCUUUAGCGAUGACCCACAAGUUGUAUCCCAAUUGGAUUCAAGCCGAUUUCAUAGUGAGGAUGUCAUUGCGCCGAAGCUGGAGCACAAUGUCAUGGCCCAAGCAUCCAAACUAGGAUUAAUGGCAGUUGGUCCUGCUCCGCGCAAAACCUUAGCAAGUCUCUACGAAGCAGGGUUUUGUGAUGCCGAACGAUGGGUUCGAAAGGAAGAAAGUCGGAAUUCAUAA